UGCAACACCGUCGGUCGCACAGUUUUCGUCUGCCGCGGCCGCAUGGGAGAAUCCACGGUGUUAGCUUGAAUAGCUUGGCUGGAUUCUAUAAAUUACGCUAGGUAGUCUGUUUCUUGGACAGUAUAGCGUUUUGUAGUUGCAGCGAUUAAGUUAUUGCUCGAUUUUUGGGUGGUGAUAUAACAAAACAGUUUUCCUUAAGGAGUACUCGAGUGAUGCAAGAAACGUUUUUGUCAAAAGCCAAGUGAAUGUGUCGCUAGUGCUUUUUCACUCAUACAAUGGUACAGAAGAAUCGUCAAAAACAAUAUUUCUUUUGACUAAGGGUGAUACAAUAAAAAACAAGGAGAAUACAGCUAAAUAGCGGAGUGCUUCAGCAUCCACCCAUCGCGUGCCUACAGCUGCUGUAUUUCGGUGUGUUCGUUUAGGAUAUUCGAAAGUGCGCACUACGGGUUGUGUUGGUGUCUCGACUAGCGUGUUAUGGGUCUGAAGCGCGCCCGAAUGUCUGCACAAAUCGGUCACAUGUAAAUCAGUUCGUCCGCGAUACUUGCCGUAGCUGGUCGUUUUUUUUCGGGAAAGCGCGAGAAGGAUUUCCUUGCCAUUGUCCUGGGGAUAGGAACACCAACGGUUGCUGUCAGUACGGUGGCUAACGUGCGGGCGGGAUGUAGAUAUGUACAACUUUCUGACUGUGUCUAAUGGUGGAACUCCAAAGUAGGCAGAAACUGAUGUGGACGCAUUUUAUCUGUUUCUAAGUGUAGCUAGAAGACAAAGUUGAUGUGCUCAAAAGGAUCGCGUGAGUCGGCCUCAUUACGUUGGUAUUAACAACUGUUUAAAGGCGGAAGAGAAGCGCUACCGGAUCGUAAUAACUGCACAUGAUGUUUAUUGCUGAUUGCAUGAUUUCGUGAGAUUAUUUGUUGCUUUUACUGACAGCCUAACACAGAGCUAGGUGAGAAACUUGCAAAAUUGUAGUACCAGAAAAUAUUAACUAAAGAAGUGGAAGCAGCCAAUGAAGAAAUUACAAAAGAAAAUUUUUCAUGGGGGAGUGUAAUUGGUUCUACUGUAUGAAAUUGUUUUCCAUCACGGUGACGGGAGCAUAAUGUAAACGAAAGUCGUGGUUUGAGUAGAAAAAUCCCAUUUCGAAGAAAUAUGGUACGCAUACAUAUGUAGGGGAUUAGCGGUGCUCGCAGUUUGGAUAAGAAUGCAUGUAUAAGCUUGCCCUAGUUCAAGAAGAAUGCUCGAAAUCAGCAGAUAAUUCACAAUAAAGUGGUUUAGGUGAAUAAUGUGGUGAAUAGUGGAAUAAAAAAAUCGAGUGUUAUCUCUUUAAAUAUGUGGAAGCAGGAAACAAAUUAGUUCAUAUUGUAUUUUGUCAUCCGAUGAUUAUAUCAUCCUCUACUAGUUAAGGUACGUCACCUCAAAAUGUUGGCAUUAUGUAUUAUAUUCAGAAGAUCCAAUACAGAAGGCAGUGCGUGGAAAGACGAGGGGAAAACAUGACCGUUUCUUGACCGGAAAUUGCUUUUUCCCACCCAACGGUGCGUUCAUUACUCGUGCUGGUGGCCUGAAGCGGAUUGACACGGUGGACAGGACCGGUGGAAAGCACAUCAGACAACGCGUCAGUCUAGACUGUCGGCCACCACAACGUUACUAAAUUCACUGUUGAUCAAUUUCGUCAAACGGCGACAAAAAAUAUCGUCAAAAUUGUCGCUAUACGGUAUCCCGACGACGGUGGUGGUGGCGGUGGUCGGUGGAGGAGGUGUUUGUCACCGCGGUCGGAAAGUGUCCAGCGAAGCGAGCAAGAACUUGUAGCGGAACAACGCAGUGGACCAUUCAGCUUCUCGGUGCGCAAAGCCGCUGGCUGGGUCGCAGGGAGAUGAGAUGAGGCUGCUACACAGCGUUAGUUUCAUUAUAUUUGCUGCCGUUUCAGUAUGCGCUGGAAAUCCUGAUGCAAAACGUCUAUAUGAUGACCUUCUCAGCAACUACAACAAACUCGUUCGGCCUGUUGUUAAUGUUACAGACGCACUGACCGUGAAGAUAAAACUAAAACUGUCGCAACUAAUUGAUGUGAAUUUGAAAAAUCAAAUAAUGACCACCAACCUGUGGGUGGAGCAAACGUGGUACGACUACAAACUAAAGUGGGAGCCGAAAGAGUAUGGAGGAGUGGAGAUGUUACACGUUCCAUCCGAUCACAUCUGGCGACCGGAUAUUGUGCUAUACAAUAACGCGGACGGCAACUUUGAGGUGACGUUGGCAACGAAAGCCACCCUCAACUACACUGGACGCGUCGAGUGGCGGCCACCGGCCAUCUACAAAAGUUCCUGCGAAAUCGAUGUGGAAUACUUCCCCUUCGAUGAACAAACGUGUGUGAUGAAGUUCGGCAGCUGGACGUACGAUGGUUUUCAGGUUGAUCUACGUCACAUCGAUGAAGUUAACGACACCAACGUAGUUGAGGUCGGUGUGGAUUUGUCGGAGUUCUAUACAUCGGUCGAGUGGGAUAUUCUCGAAGUUCCUGCAGUUAGAAAUGAAAAAUUCUACACGUGUUGUGAUGAACCGUAUCUCGAUAUCACUUUCAACAUAACGAUGCGCCGUAAAACGUUGUUUUAUACUGUAAAUUUAAUUAUCCCUUGUAUGGGCAUUAGUUUUCUGACGAUAUUGGUAUUCUACCUGCCAUCGGAUAGUGGUGAAAAGGUAUCGUUAAGCAUAUCCAUCCUGCUCUCGUUGACUGUGUUCUUCUUGCUCCUGGCGGAAAUCAUUCCACCGACGUCGCUAGUGGUGCCACUGCUGGGAAAAUUCGUGCUGUUCACCAUGAUCCUCGAUACAUUCAGUAUAUGCGUCACCGUGAUAGUGCUCAACAUUCACUUCCGUUCACCCCAGACUCACACGAUGGCACCGUGGGUCCGUACGAUAUUCAUCAACUACCUGCCAAAGCUGCUGGUGAUGCGCCGCCCAAUAUACCAGCCGCUACACCAUUUUAGUGCCGCUUCGCAAAGAUUUAUGUUGCGUUCAUGCAAUGGAAUGGGCGACAACAUCCCACCGCUGCCACCGACGAUUGCUUUCGAUCCUUCGGUGCUACUCGAUCACCAUCUGCUCGAUUCCAGCGACAGCAUAAACACUUGUCGAUUGCACGGUAGCCCAACGCACCAUCAUGGUGGAGGACAUCAUCACCACUAUCAUCACGGGAUGCAUGGGAUCAAUCUAAUGGAUGAUUUAACACUGCCCUAUCAAGAUCACAACCAUCACAACUCCCCGAUGUCGCCGAUCAACCUGAAUCUCCUGUCAUCGGUCAGCACGGCGGUACCCAUCCCGCAUCAGACGACGACGUCCGGUGGUCUAUCCAGUGCCGGUGCCGCCCUUCUAGAUCCCCAUAGCACCUUCCAGACAAACCUAGCAGGUGGUGUCGGCGCUGGCGCUGGCGGGACGAGCAAAACUAGCACAAAUGUGAUAAUAAACACUGCAACUAACACUACUACUAGAAGUAAUCUAAGCUGUUGUAAUAAUCUUUUCCUCAACGAUGGACGAACUGGUUUAGAUAGUAGCGUUCAAUUAACGAACAAUAACAGCGUGGGUGGAGGCGCCGUUCACUCGUCGACCGCCGUGCCAAGUGUGCCGAUUAUCAAUACCACAGAUAGUGGACUCGGUGGAAGUGGUGGAGGCGGCAAGGACAAAUCGACGCGACAUCGAUGGCUGACAUGCCCAGAGCUUCAUAAGGCAAUGGACGGUGUCACGUACAUCGCUGAUCAUACGCGGAAGGAGGAGGAAAGCACACGGGUAAAGGAAGACUGGAAAUUCGUGGCAAUGGUUUUAGAUCGGCUGUUCCUGUGGAUCUUCACCAUCGCGGUCGUGUUCGGAACGGCCGGCAUCAUUCUGCAGGCACCCACGCUGUACGACACCCGAAUGCCUAUCGAUAUCAAGAUGUCGGAGAUUGCGACAACGACAGCAAAACCGUACAUUGCCAAACCAGUGUUAUAAUCGAAUUCUUCAGUCAGCACCAGCUUUCGGGUAGUGGGUGGUGUCCAGCAGGUUUACUCAACGGUACACACUAUCUCCCACUAGUCUGGUGGUUGUAAAAGUUUCGAAUUCAGGUGCAAAACAUCUAUAUCAAAAAGGGAAGGGAAUAAUAAAAAAAGGUAGAGGAAAGUUUUUGAAGUAUUUUCCUCUCAAGUGGUUCCGUGUUGAUAGGGUGAAAAGUAAGAGAAUGAAAAUGAGAGGAUAGCAUAACACAAGUUAUGUUUUUAUUGUUUAUUAAGAGGACUGAACCGUUUCAUAUUUCAUUCAUGUUUUUACUUCCAGUAGAGUUUUCAAAGAGAACCUAAUAGAGAUAGUCUAGAACCGUUUUUGUUUUGUUUGUAAGAAUAAAAGACUUGGAAAAAGUUGUAUUGUUAUACUUAUAGGUCGUUGUUGAGAAAUUAUUGUUGACAUCGCGUUGUAUUGUAGAAAAUGUGUAUUAAUGGAUUUAAUUGACAAAAUACUUAACGGAUUAAAUUGACAAGAAACUGCAAAGUAUGGGAAGCGAUUGCCAGGCUUCGGUAAACGGCUACCCUCGAAAGAGCUGAAGCUGUUCGAAAUGGUGAAGUAAUAACCAGCGAUCGAAGUGUCAAUAAUACCAAGGGCGUUCAGAAUAACAGCUAAUUCUACGAUGUGAACGGAAGCUUGAUCAGACAUUGAAGAUACUAAAGCUAGUGGACUCGUCGACGUUGCAUCUUCUCGGAAUUAUUAAUGCUUGUGUAUGUCAUUUGGAAAUUCCACAAAUUUCAUCUAUUAUGGUUGUGUUGAAGAUUACAGUAUUAAAGCUGAACACGGUUAUCAGCUCGCAAUACCGUAUUAGUUGAACAAUCAGUGUAAUGUUUACAAGUUUAAAUAGAUGCUGUUUAAUGAUUUAAUGUAAUAAAACUCUUUCUGUCGUUAACGUUUCAGCCUACUCAUUCAUCAACCAAACCUAGAAAUAGAAGCUCGUUAGCAUCACGCUUGCGGGUGGACAAUCCCGCGAGCGUGAAGCAACGGGCUUAAGUUUCUGAGGAUGGCUGAUGAAUGAGUAAGCAGAAACGUUAACGACAGAAUGAAAGUUAUUCUUUUUUUCACUAACAACAUCAACCGAAACCUGUAAACAGAAUUGAACGGUAACCAAAGCGGAAAACACAAUCAGUAAGACGCCCACCAGCUCUUUCAGGAUCAACGUAUGGGUCGAAUGCAUAUAAACCGAAGCAAAAUGCAAGCAAACAUACUAAAAUGUCUCUAGCUGAAAGAAAUUUUUGGUUGCAGAGAAGCAAAAGCAAAUAUUCCUAUGUAUAUCAUUAUCUGAUCAAGUGAAUGGGCGCUCCAUAUUCAGGUUAUUGUACGGAAAAGUUGGCAUUUAUUUUCUUCAGAUACUUACUGUGCCAUCUCCUGGUACUUUUAGAAUCCAACCCAAUCCAAUUAUAUUACUAAGUUAUUGUUUAACCUUCCUUGAAAACACUAUUUUCUUUGCCAAAUAUAUCAACUAAACAAAUUACCCAAGGUAUAUUGAAAUGAUCGUUGCAAGUGAAUAGCUAUUGGUCCAGUAACAUAGAUCACGCUAUGCAAGUUUCUUUAAAAGGGUAUCCUCAUCAGAGACUCAUAAAAAGGUGUUUUUUGGAUCUUUUUGAUCAUCAAAGCAACAAGAGAAACAAAUGAUUUUUGCAUACUUAAAAACAUAUAUUUACUCGAUAAAAAGUCUAUUUUGUUUGUCAAAAUAAAUGAAAAUGGUGAUUAAAAGCUACAAUUUUAGGUAUUUUAGUCCAAGUAAUCGAUUAUUUGACAUUUUUAGCAGUGCGUUAGGGGGUUACCUUUUUGCGAAAAAAAAUGUAAAGAAAAUUUGAAUCUAUUUAAAAGUAUAAUACAAUGAUUUUAUUCAUCAAAAUUAUAAUAUUUUGAUAGUGCAUUUAUCAGUGAUAAAACAAGCAUUGAUUUAUAAAAACAUAUUAAUAGUUGACAGAGCUAUGGCUCUUGGUAGAUGAGAAGCGCUUCGAAGCGCUAUAGUAUUCGAUCUAUUGCUCGGAUCUCUAGGAAAAUUUUAGAAAAUAUUCUCCAGGAAUUGUACUUUCAAAUAAAGUAAUAUUUUUUUUUUUUAUUUUUUAGGAAUAAAAAGGUAUGUAACCCCUUAAUAACAAUAAGUUUCUAGAAAACAUGAUUUUAAAAAUACGAUUUGUUCGAAUACGAAACUACUGAAGAAAUAUAUUCCUGGUUAAAAGAGCCGGUUGAAGAAUGAGCAGUGCGCAGGAAGCUAAAACGAAUAAUAUCGAAAGAGCACUGCAAGAGAAAAUACGAAUCACGACAUUGGGUGCAUUCUUGCUUUCUAGGAAACUGCGUCCGAAAGCAUGGCUGUACACUCUCGGCCAUGGGAGUUUCACAAGGAAACUAUGCAAGCGCUACAAAAAUUGAAGAUCAAAGGGAUUCAGUAUACGACGGACCCGGACUAUUUCAAACUGAGCAAGGACUUAAAGACAACAAAGAGUACCACAGUCUGUUUGCCCAAACAACCAAUAAGCAUUAUAACGUAGCCUAAUAUCUGCUUUAGAUCCACAUAUUAAGCUAUCUUAAAGAGCCGUGAAGCCCUAAAUACUGAUUUAAUGCUGGUAUUAUGCCAGAAAAGGCGAAAUAUAGUGCUAUUACUGUGCAGAGAUUAAUAGCUUUCUGCAGUACUAAUGCUAUUGUAUAGCACCAACGUACAAAUGUAUAUUGGCACUACUAAUGCUAUUAAAAAGCUUCAGUUGGCUGUCAUUGUCCGCCAUGCAAACCAUUUCUCACGUUUCCUUUCGGUAUGAUGAGCAAAAAGGAAAAAUUAUAAAAUAAAAUGUUCUGUUUAAAACCGCAAUUGUCUCUCUUCUAAUGCAUUGUAAUGAAUAUCCCUAAUGGGUUUUCGUUCUCACGUGAUAUGAAUGUUUUGCGAAAAUUACCUUUAGUAAGUCUUGAACCUUGCCUCGUCAUUCACGGUAAGUGCGCUGCGUUUGCAGCCUGGACUAUACAGCUUAUGUUCGAUUGAAAUGAAAUAUGCCGAAUAUAAUCUUCAAGAAGAGUUGCAUAACGAAUAAACCCACAGCAUUAUAAUAGCAUUAUAUCGGCUUUCUAUUUGCUCUAUAAUAGCUCUAAAUGCACAUGUAAAGCUUACAUAUUUUAAAGAUCCCUGAAGCAUGUAUGCGUUAAAUCAGCUUUAUAUAUGCAUAUAGAGCAAGCGAUAAUGCUAUAUGUCGGCUGUGCAGUUAUGCAUUAUUGAUGCUAAUAUAGGGCUUUAUUGCAUUGUUAAUGCUGUAAUGGAGUUUCAAUGCAACAUUAGUGCAAAUGCAUAGCCAAUAUAGUGCAAUGGCUUAAUGCUUAUGGUUACUUGGGUGGUUUUCUGUUAUAUCUCGCGACUAAUAGUCGACCAAAAAUUGCGGCUUGCGUCGGAAUCCUGAGCCGUAAGACUAGUUGUAUAGUUGCGCGAUUAGAUCCUUUGCGCACCUGGACCAUCAUCAUUGACAUCUGCAAGAGACAGUUUUGUUUUUUCUCUACCACACAAUUAUAACAUCACAUUGAACUGAAUACACUUUUAUGAACGUUCUUCUCUGGUGGAGUUUUUUUUCUUUUUUACGUUUUUUCCGAACACAGAAGGUUGGUUUCUCUGCCUAUCGUUCGCCAAUACUUUUGAGUUUUCGUUUAAAAUAACACAAGACAAUAAUGAAAUAGUGGAAUAUUUUUUUAUAAAAGUUGCAAGCAGUUUUUUAAGUGGACAGUUAACUCAUUCCUUUGACUUUUGGGGGAGCAAAAUAAUGUAUCUGACAGCAAACCAUUUGCCUCGAUCAAAUUUUCGUAGAGACCGAAGUGGACGUCGAUGACCUUCACUUGACUCCAAUCUUGAGGAACAAUGUUGUACUCAAAGAGCUUGUUUGUUAAAUUUAGAAGUAUUUUAAAAGGAUAAUCAAUGUUUAAUCUUCCUGUCCACGACACACUCCAUCAUACUACUUCGCUUUAGUUCAUCUUGCACAACUUUCAUGGAGAAGAUGACGCGGACUCCACCGCAGUAAAACACUUUUCAGUAUCUUUCGCUCACAAGAACUGCUGCAGUAGUGCUUAGUCAGACCUUUGCCUUUCUCAUAUAGAAAGGUUAUGCAAUCACUCUGAAAAUCACUCAUGAACAACAACAACCUAAUCCCGGCCAUUUUUUUACUGAUGUAGGUUUUCUGUUUUUUAACAGGGGCGUAGUUAGGGAUAUGCGGUGUGGGGCAGUCCCCACCCCCGCAUCACAUACCACUCUUCCAUAAAACCCUCUUUCCUAAAUCAAGUACCCCGCCCCCGAAUAAACUUUUCUGGUGGGUCUGAAAAAUUUGGUUUCAAAUGACUUUGAGUUUGAAACUACUUCAAAAUUGAAACUGAUUUAAAAUUUCUUAACAAGUUGAAAAUUUUUGGUGGGGUCCGACCCUGCAUGCUCUCCUGAAUCCGACGCUUGUUUCAAAUGUUUCAGCGUCGACACAUAGCAUCUAAAAUUCGUUGCUGUCGUAAUAGACAUUUCCUCCACUAUAUUAAACAUAACUAGCCAUGGAAUUGCAGUUUGGAAAAAUGAGAAAGGCAUUGCACCACUAGGUGGAUUAAAACAGGUUUUUUUAGCUUGACCUGAAAGUAGACAGCCCAGUCGAGUUGAGUUAAUAUUUUUAUGCGACGAAUAUUGCGGGAAUCGAGGAAAUACUUUACUUAUUGAACAUUUCUCGCUCUCGAACAUCGACACACGAAGAUCACCUCGAAUACAUCAGUGAGUACAAUUGACCCGAUCUACUAGACCGGCCAACAAAAGCAUCUUCGCACAAAGGUUGGCCUUACCAGUCAAUAUAUACACUUCGAACAAACACCACAGCAAACGAAUACGAAUACGAUGUGUUCCGGUUAAAACCGAUGAUCGUUAGCCCAAGUCAUUCAUCAUUAUGCUGUUGGCCUACAUAUUUUAAAUGUACUUAUUGCAAGUAAUGGAUGUAUUAAAACAUGCUUCUGUUCCUAACGGCGUUCGUUGCCGUUCUUAAAGGGGGGGGGCAAAGGGUUUCUACGUGAGAAAACACUUUUGCUUUUUGUAGAACGUCUCUGAAAAAACACGAUUUGCGGUGUUACUUACCAUUCAAAAACUACUAAGGGCCAUGCAUAAAUGACGUAGCAUUUUGGGGGGUAGCGGGUAUACCAAAUUUGUGUCGAAGGGUGACGAGGGGGAGGGUAGGGUCAGAAAUUGCGUGACAUUAAGAUUUUUUUGCGGGUAUUAAAACCCAUUGAUUAGAGAAAACAAUUUGAUGUUCCUCCAUUCCCAAGAGAAAUAAAUUUAAAUUCACACAAGUUACUUUUUACGAAAUUUAAGUUUUUAAGGUAAGUUUUUGAUUCGGGGAAUUGCAAGUUCGCAAAAAAACGAAAAUAUACUGUGUGCGGAUUUAACUUGCUACACUUGUUAGCUAAUCUUGCUAACUAGUAGACUUAGUUUUUUAGCUGAAUUAAAUUUUUUUCGGAUUCAGCCAAACAAAAUUUAGUAAUUUUGUUGAAUGUAUGCUUCUUAGAAACAUUGGCAGCUGCAGCAUUGUGAACUGAUGAGAUCUUUUCUUCAUGUUCCAUGACAUAUAAAAUUCAAAACAAUAUUGUCAGCGCGAUAUUUGUCAUGAAAUGGACUUAUUUUGUUCACAAUGUGCUAUUGAAAUGAAAGGGUAAUAAAAAUGGUGAGGAGAAGGAGGAGGGGGGGGGGUGGUUGCUUCUCUAAUCUUCCGACCAUCACAUUACAUGAUUUGGUAUUCUUAGUAUAUGUAUAAUGAACAAGGUGCUAAAAACGCAUAAAAAUCCUGUCAAUCCUAUUUUUCAUUGGAUUGUCUGCUGUAAAGAUAUUACCAAGGACCGUUCAUAAAUGAUGUCGCCUAUUGAUAGUUGGGGAAAAGCCAUGAAUUACCAAGAGAAAAACUAAAAAUUUGAGACGUACUAGUGGAGCGGGGUUAAUAAUACCAACAACAAUUUUUAGACUUUUUGCCUUUCUCAUAUAGAAAGGUUAUGCAAUCACUCUGAAAAACGUCAACCUAAUCCCAGCCCGGAGGGCCGAGUGUCAUAUCCCAUUCGACUCAGUUCGUCGAGAUCGGAAAAAGUCUGUAUGUGUGUGUGUAUGUGUGUAUGUAUG